UUCAGCCUAAAUUCUUAUUUAAAGUCAAAGCUUACCAUUUUAAAGUUCAUAUCUUGAAAUGUUUUCAUGCAAGAAGUGUGGAGAGAAGUUUGCGAAACACAAAACUUUACUUCUCCACAAAACAAAGUGUAAAAGAGUAACUUGUGCCAAAUGUAAGAAAGUCUUUAACAAACUGUCCUUUUUAAACCAUCUAAGUCAGUGCAAACAAUUUCAAUUAUCUCAGCUUGCUGAUCAUUCAACAUUUAAGCUACACAAAACUGCUUAUGGGAACAAACUUGCAAUCUACAUCAAAGUAAAUAAUUGGUCCUCAAUUGAGAGCAUGCUGAGAAGUGAAAAGAAAAAUAUUCAAGCUCUAUUAGAGUACAUAAUUGAAAAGCUUGGUUCCAUAAAAGUUCAAUCUUGUCUCCUUUUAAAGUUCAUCAAGCAGAAACCUGACGGAGAUACAGACACAACGGACAUUUACAAAAUAUCACAAAUGCAUCGUUUGACCAACAUGAUCAACUUUGAAGAGUUGAUAAAAGAAUGGAUGGAGGAGGUUGAGUUGUCAAUAGAUCAGUUCACACAACGUGGUAGUGGUUGGGUUUUACAGACAGUAAAAGUAUUGGAAAUUCGGAUAGGAAAACUUAAAGAACACAGUGGUGGUUGUUCAUCUAUUAAAUUACCUGUUAAAUUGAUGCAAAAGAAAAGUUUGAUUUCACCACUUUGUAACAAAGAUUGCUUCAAAUGGUCAAUUCUCAUGGCGUUACAUCCUUUGAAAAGAAAUAGAGGUAGAACUGCAAGCUAUAAAGCUUACGUUCAACAAUAUGACUUUCGUGAUGUUGGUCUUCAUACUCCAUUAUCUAAAAUUCUUAGCUUCGAAAGGCGAAAUAAGGUAUCAGUAAAUGUUUACACGCUGUCUCCUGAUAAAAGUCAAAAAAUUGUUCCAUUGAAAGUUAAUAAGAAUCCACAACUUCAACAUGCAAAUUUGUUCCUGUACGAAGACCAUUAUUUCUGCAUAUCAAACUUUCAUGCCUUUGUAAAAAGUGAUCAUUCAUGGGAAAGGUUUUUUUGUGCAUCAUGUAUGUGUGGAUUUAGAAAUACUAAAUCACUUGCAGAACAUGAGAUUGAGUGUUAUCAAAAGGCGCCACAAGCAGCGAUACUACCUGGUACUGGUAAAAUAUCUACAAAAUGUACAUUUAACAAUAUUCAAAAAACAAUUCCUUAUCCCUAUGUUGUUUAUGCUGACUUUGAGUCAUUACUGAGACAAUCAGACAAGACACUUUCUAAAAGUACAUUCGAAUACCAAAAGCAUGAAGCGUGUUCAUUUGGAUUAAUUGCAGUUGACUGGAAUGAUGAAAUUUUGUACAAGAAAUUUUAUCGAGGAACAAACGUUUGUGAGAAAUUUUUUCAAACAUUGUUCAAUAUGAGAAUGUAUCUUAGGAGCCACUUUGCUAGGAACAGAAAACCGAUUACAUUCACAGAUUUUGAAAGGGAGAUUUAUGAACAAGCAACUGAUUGUUAUGUAUGUGGAAAAGAGCUGUUAUCUGACAGAGUUGUUGAUCAUUGUCACCUAACUGGAAGGUUUAGAGGAGCUGCUCACAAUCAAUGUAACCUAAGGAUGCGUGUUCCUGAGAAAAUACCAAUAUUAUUCCACAAUUUAAAAGGUUAUGAUGCUCAUAUAAUCAUGAAUGGUUUGAAAACCAAUUUGAUUGAGAAAAUUAAUGUGAUUCCGCAGAAUGCUGAAAAAUACAUUGCAAUAAUGAUGGAUGACUUUUUGUUCUUAGACAGUCUCGCUUUCCUGCUUUCAAGUUUAGACACAUUAGCAAACAACUUGUCUAAUGGUGAGAAAACCAAAUUUCUUAGACAAAUGUUUUCAGAAAAUGAUUUACCGUUUUUACUUUCUAAAGGAUGCCUGCCCUAUGAAUAUAUGGAUUCAUGGGAAAGAUUUGCAGAAAAGUCUCUACCUCCAAUUGAGAAAUUUUAUUCAAGUUUAUCGCUGAAAUCAAUCGACCCUGAUACUUAUGAAAGAUUAACAAGCAUCUGGAAUCACUUCAAUUGUGAAAAUUUAGGUGAUUUUCAUGAUAUCUACUUGAAAGUUGAUGUAUUAUUACUAGCAUCAGUUUUCCAAAACUUUCGUUCAACUAGCUUACAACAAUUUGGACUAGAUCCAUGUCAUUAUUUUUCAACACCUGGAUUAACAUGGGAUGCAGCUCUUAAACUGACGCAAACUGAAUUAGACCUAUUGACUGAUAUUGAUAUGAUUAUGAUGUUUGAAAACGGAAUAAGAGGAGGGAUAUCUUGUUCAAUGUUGCGUUAUUGUUUAGCUAACAAUAAGUUUUCUGAAAGUUUCAAUCAGAAUGAAGCCUCAUCAUUCAUCACCUAUCUCGACGUGAAUAAUUUAUAUGGUUAUGCCCUUUCUGAUAUUCUACCCUGUGGCAAGUUUGAAUGGGUUAAAGAGGAUUGUUUUCAGGAUGUAAUUAAAACAAUUCUUGAAUCGAAUGAGUAUAGAGAGAUAGGAUAUGUACUAGAAGUAGAUUUAGACUAUCCGCCUACUUUACACGAUUCACAUAAUGAUUACCCAUUAGCUCCAGAAAAAAUAAUAGUCGAAUAUGAUCAAUUGAGUGAUUAUCAAAAAGAAACAAUCUCAAUGCUAGAAUCAGCUGGAAUUAAGCGGUAUAAGACAAAAAAAUUGGUGCCAAACUUGAUGCAUAAAAGAAAAUAUAUUGUACAUGAACGCAAUCUCAAAUUCUACAUUGAAAAAGGAAUGGUGUUGAAGAAAGUACAUCGCAUCAUUCAAUUUGAGCAGAAGCCUUGGCUCAAAUCAUACAUUGAAAUGUGUACAGAAAAUAGAAAGAAAGCAACGUCGAAUUUCGUAAAAGACUUUUGGAAAUUGAUGGUGAACGCUUUGUAUGGUAAAAGUAUUGAGGACAAGCGAAAACAUACAAAAGUUGUAGUGGCAACAAACGGAAAACAAGCUAUGAAGCAAGUUAGACAACCGAUGUUUGAUCAAUUUUACAUACUCGAUAACAACAUUGCGAUCAUAAAACUAAGAAAAUUUCAAGUCGUUUUUGAUAAACCAAUUUAUCUCGGGUUCACAGUUUUAGAUUUAUCAAAGUUGCACAUGUACAAAUUACAUUACGACUUUUUCAAAAGAAAGUAUGGAGAUAAAUUAUCAUUAAUUUACACUGACACUGACAGUUUCAUUUACAAUAUUCAAACUGAUGAUUUAUGCGCUGAUUUGAAGGAACUAGACUUUCUUAUGGACUUUUCAGAUUAUCCAAGAGAACAUACUUUAUUUGAUGAAGUCAACAAGAAAAAACUUGGUUUCUUGAAAGACGAAAUGAAUGGAGAAAUUAUUGAUGAAGUCAUCGCUAUAAAGUCGAAACUUUAUGCUAUUAAAUAUGGAACAAAGAAAAAAAUGACAGCUAAAGGUGUACAGAGAGCUAUUGUGAAAGAGACUUUCUCAAUUCAAGAUUACAAAGAUUGUUUAUUCAAAAAUCAGCUUUCUAAGCAUACAAAUGCCCGGAUUCAGAGUAGGAAACAUAACAUUUCAACAGUUAAAAUAAAUAAAUUAUCAUUUUCUCCGCUUGAUGAUAAACGAUACAUUCUCAAUGAUGGAGUUACAACAUUAGCAUUUGGUCAUUACAAAAUAAAGAGUUGAUCAACUUUUGCAAGAUGGCCAGAUAUAACAUUAAAGCGCGUGCUCAAAGAGAGAGCAGAAAUCAAAAAACAAGAGAGAGACAACUCGUUUCACGGAGA